CGAUCCGGUAGCUGUCACCAUACACCACCCGUCGGCACACGCCCUCCGUCCCGCCUGACACGUCGCAAAGGCGAGAACUCGGACACUUCUCCUUCGUUUACCACCAUAUCAUCCAACAAAGCAAACUCCACCAAACCUCGCUCAGCGUCCGCCACGAAGGUCGGAUGCUAUAAAGAUUCGGAAGCGAAUAAUAUGCUGAUCCACCUUGCAAGCCCAAUGACUAUCAACACUGGACUCACUAGUCCAGCGUCCAAAAAGAAGUCGACACAAGACGGCGUGACAAACAUUUUGCCACGACGAAAGCCUACUUCUCCGUCUGCGUGGGCGUUGUCUCCUGGUCGAGUUGCUCCUUUUCCGUCCCCUGUGGCGCCUGUAAAGGCGCCAAGUCCUCAUGACAGGAGUAGUGGUGAACGUGGUCGUGGAGGAAUUAGUGGGGUUUUAAAGUACUUUAGGCAGAAAAAAGUGACGUCGGUGGAAGAUGUGGAUCGUCAUUGUUUUGCGUUGAUGAAUAAUCGGUUGUUGCAAUGGCGAUUCGCUAAUGCUCGAGCUGGAAUCACCAUGUCUACUGUUAGAACUCGAGCAGAGAAGAAAUUGUUCAACGCAUGGGUUAAGAUACUUGCGAUGCGAAAUUCAAACAUGGUAAAGCGAAUAGAAGUUCAGAAACUCGAAAACGACAUCAAGUUGUAUCAUAUUAUGAACUCGCAGUUAUUCUUGCUAGAAAAAUGGUCAAGAAUGGAGGGUAAAAACUUUGAAGCCGUUAGUCGAGUGGUGCGAAAGUUAUCUGUGGCGUCAAUCAACAUCCCGUUGCUUCAUGAUUCUAAGGGAAAUAUUUCAGAUGUUUGUAACGCGUUGGACACCGCUACAACGCUUUUGGCGGAUAUUGAAUCUACAAUCUCAAAAUUAUCUUAUGAGGCCGAGAAGUCAUGUUAUUUGUUGACUGAGCUUUCGAUUAUCGCUAAAGAAGAAACAGAGUUAUUGGCUGAGUUACAAGCAUGGAUGACUAAUGUUGUGUUGCUAAAGGAAAAGGAAAGAAGUUUAAGAGGUCAACUAAUCCAAACCAUGUGAAAAUCCUGAUGCAAACAAAGUGUUACAUUGUUAGGCAGCGCCCCCUUCGAACGGCCUACACCUAUUGCAUCGAAGCUUAGCACCACCAUCGAACCAUCUAUAUCUCUUGUGUUGUGUAGUAGCGUAGCACCAGCGUCAAACCACCUAUAUCUCGUGUCGUAGACUCGUAGUUUAGCACCACCAUAGAGGCGUAGAACUACCACUAUUUUCAAGCAAACAAAUAUUUUUAUCUGAGCUACUUGCACCAUAUGCAUCACAAUUAAAUUAAACUAAUAAACAAAACAUAACAUUGCAUCAAUAUCUCAAAUGACAAAAUCAUAGCUUGGUUCCGACAAUAAUUAACCAAAAACAUUCUGAAGUCGAAAACCAGAAACUUAAAACUAACGGACAA